UGUUGGAUGCCCCUGUCACCAGCAGAUUUGUUGACGUGCAUCCACUCAUGCGUCACUCAUUACCAACUAGUACAUUAAACAUCAUUUUGGGGUCUAGCGUUCUCUACCACUUUGGAUGAUGUUAGAGAUAUUGAUCUUUCGAGAGCUAUGGGUGCCCGAAUCCUAGCAUGUUUUUUCUUUUUAGUUUCUGUAAGAUUCAUGUUGGACAUUCUAUUGUCAUUUUGUCCAUGGAUGUAUCUAUUAACGUUUGUAGAGGUUUUUACUUUUUUUUGAGCGAGGAGAGAGCAGACCGAGAAACAAACUAAGGAGAAAAGCCUAGACACUGAUUCAUUAAGCAGGGCACUCAAAUGGUUUUCUUUCUUUCCUAUUUCAUUUUCAGGGUUACUCUGUUUCAGUCCUUAUUCCUUAAGGGGAUUAAGUUAACUUCACCAGCAAUGGCAACAGCCAUGCCGAACCUUGCUCCAGGGCUUAUUUUCAUUAUUGCUUGGACAUUAAGGUUAGAGAAAGUUAAGCUAUGUUGCGUAUACAGCAAAGUCAAGAUUGUAGGCACCAUUUUAUGCGUUGUAGGUGCCCUCAUGAUGAGUCUAAUGAGCAGCACUGAAUCAGCAAAAGAGUCAAAGUCCAUGGAAAGUACUCCCACGGGAGAUAUGAGCUUCGACAAACAUAAGAUUAACGGUUGCUUAUAUCUCAUAGCAGCGGUUUUUGUUCUAUCAAGCAAUGUUGUAUUGCAGGCUACUACUUUGGGUGAUUUUCCUGCUCCUAUAUCCCUGUGUGCCAUAACAUCAUUGAUUGGAGUAAUUAUAACUGCGAUUGUAGAAUUGGUUCUAAACCACAGAGUGGACGUUGGCUGGCCCCUGAUGAGACUCGGGACCAUUAGUUUUGAGGCAAUCAAGUUUUAA